AUGGCUGCACGAAUCACCCGCACGAACACAGUGACGUCGGACACCUCCCUCUCCUCGUUCGACGUCGUCUCUUCCCCCCCAUCAGUCGUUGACGAUGCUGCAUCGGACGAGAUAGUAUGGAGCCCCGAGGCCUUCGUCCUGUCCCAGAGGCGGGAUAUGGUCCGAUCGCCAGGCUCCGAGGCCAACUGGUCUUAUAUCACAGGGAGCGCUCUGCAGUCGCCCACACUCUCAUCAUCGGACUCCGAGCAGGAUUUGUCGCUUGCUCUGUCUGGCCUCUCGUUCAGCGAGAUCGGCUCGGACGUCGUCUCCCAGGGCCAUGCCCGCCUGGCACGGCCUGCUGCGAGCAUCGCCAGCCAAGCGGCGUCUGUGACUUCGGCUUCUCCCUCGCAGAAGAGGCGUAGGAGGAAGCGCCGGACGGGUUCGGCGAACACCACCGCCUCCGAGUCAGAGGCCGCACCUCUGUCGCCCGUCGUCAACCAAGUUAGUCCUACCAAGAAGAAGAAGGCCAGCAAACCAGCCCAGAAACGCCAGGCUCCGAAAGCAAAGGAGAACGAGCCAGCGGGGCUCGGGGAGCGUGGCAUCGUCGACGAUGUCUCCGAGAAAGGGGACGACAACGCUUUGGUGCCAGCGUACGACGAAGCGAGGAAAUACAUCAACCGUUUCCUCUCCAACCCGAAUUCGUGUGACAAACUUAUCUUAAUGCAAGCGUUAAUCAUCGAGCUUGGUCUCUAUUCAAGUUCAUAUGCGCCGUCCGCUCCUUCUUCCUUCUGGACCCUCCCCGACCUUCCCCGGUCGCUGAGACAGGCCAAGGCCUUCAUCAAGUCCACCGUCUUCCUCAACAUCAGGGACUACAUGACCAUGCGUGAGCAAGGCCAGGCCGCGCUCCGGCAGGCCAUGCACCCCAACAAGCGCUCCCUAAUGCUCGAGUUGAGACAUAAGGACAAGAGGGUUCCGAGACAGGUCGUGAAGCAGAUGGGGCUGAACGUGCUUUUGGUUCAAGCGUUCUGA